CCAGCUACCACACCAGUACACCACCCCCCGUCCAUCUCCCCCUCCCCCGUUCCGCUUCCUCCUCCCUCACACAAACUGUGCCGCCCGUGCUCUCCCUCCCACCGACCGGACCCUUGAUCCAACACCUCGCGAUGUGCGGCGGAGCCAUCCUCUCCGGCUUCAUCCCGCCGUCGGCAGCGGCUGCGGCGGCGGCGGCCAAGAAGAAGAAGCAGCAGCAGCAGAGGGUGAUGGCCGACGCGCUGUGGCCGGGGCUGCAGAGGAAGGCGCCCCAGGCUGAGGUGGAAGACUUCGAGGCCGACUUCCGCGAGUUCGAGCGGGACUCGAGCGAGGAGGAUGCUGGCGGCGACGACGACGAUGUGGUCGAAGUGGUUCCCCCGCCGCCGGCGAAGGCGGGCUUCGCCUUUGCCGCCGUGGCCGAGGGUGCGCUCCCUCCUACCGUCGAUGCUGUUACCAUUCCAAAGUCUGUCGAACAUGAUGGAUCUGGUACUGGACCGGUAAAGCGCAACAGGAAGAAUCAGUACAGGGGGAUCCGCCAGCGUCCUUGGGGAAAAUGGGCAGCUGAAAUCAGAGAUCCCAGCAAGGGUGUCCGGGUUUGGCUUGGGACUUACAACACUGCUGAGGAGGCAGCUAGGGCAUAUGAUGCUGAAGCCCGUAAGAUCCGUGGCAAGAAAGCCAAGGUCAAUUUUCCCGAUGAAGAGCCAACUUCUUGGAAGUCCACUGUUAAGACAAUUGCUCAGAAAUCUAUCCAGAAGGCAACUGCUACCAAUUCAGCAAAGCUAACUACACCUCCGAACACCUGUGACGACGAGUCUUUCAGUCAUCUGAGUAAUGCAGACAAUGAUUUGUUCGCCAUGUUUGCCUUUGAUGACAAGAAGGUUCCAGCAAAGCCAGAUGAGAGUGGUGAUUUCCUCACUCAAGCGAAACCUCUUGUUCCCACCGAGACAUUUGGGAUGAACAUGCUCUCUGACCAGAGCAGCAAUUCAUUUGGCUCAACUGACUUUGGGUGGGAUGAUGAGGCUAUGACCCCAGACUACACAUCUGUAUUCGUUCCUGAUGCUCCCUAUAGUAAGGUUGCUUACCUGGAAGGUGGAGCGCCAAAGAGAAUGAGGAUCAAUUUUGGUGUAGAUCUUUCUCCUCAGGGAAAUGAUGCACCCAAUCUCGCACAAGACAUAUCUGUUUUUGAUCCUGAGAUGAAGUAUUUGCCAUUGCCUUAUGUUGGGAGCAGCUCGGACAGAUCAAUGGACAACCUUGUGGUAAAUGAUGUCAUGCAAGAUGGGGCAAGUAAUGUGGAUGUCUGGGGCCUUGAUGAGCUGCUCAUGGCAGCUGGUGCUUACUGAGGAGCCAUUGUUCUGGUCAAUGGUCUGUCGAUUGCAAAAAUGUCCCAUGCUUAUGGCCAAGAUGAUAAGCAGGUUAUAUCCGCUAUGGUUUUGUAGCGGAUCAAACCAUAGGUAUGCUAGAUUAUAUGCUGGUGUAACUGGAACUUUAUGACUUGUUUAUACUCUGUUGCUAUAUGUCGUGUCUAUGAUUGUGUGCAUGUUUGAGACUGGUUCAAUAACUACCUUGGCCAUAUGUGUGCUGUAAUGUGCUUAUUAAGUACUGUAUGGUUGUGCCUAUAUUGUAUUGCACUUUGAAGUUCUUCCUUUC